UAAAGAAACUUUUUAUUAAUUCCUGUGGGUCGCGGAGUGUCAGUAAGAUGUUUUGAGGUUAUGCUGAAAGACGAAAGACGUUUUGGUAACUCGGUGCUGUUGUUUUUGUGUUAUAGUUACUGUGUACAUGUCGGAUACGAGUGUUUGUGCCGAUUUCAGCUAUUGUUUUGAAGUGUAACUCAGGUGACGUUUGUUGGAUGACGCUCUUGUAAUUUGUGUUUACUUCAACACUUGUAAGGGGGACGCUGCGAUCACUUUUUGACCUUGCCUAUGGUCCGGACACAAGGAUAAGUGACAGAAUGUCAAGGAAGUCCCGUCAGGGGUACAGCAUUCGUCACCUCCUACAGUUGCCAAAUGCGCCGCGCAGUCCCCCCGCUGGUCAUCCACCUGGACCCUGUAUCAAGGCCUCACUGCGACAUCGAAUGCCUUCACCAUCGGAACAAGAUGCACGUGACUGCGACGAGGACUCUAAAAAGACGCCAGAUGAUGAGCAGAUAACCCAUAAACUUUUCCGGCCAUCAACUUCAAAAACGACGGCGCCACUGAAUACGCAGUCAUCGCUAUCGCACAUCAACAAACGAAGAUUGGAGUUCGGCGUGGAUGUUGAAACGUUCAGAUUGAAUAACAGGCGAUACGAACGUGCCGGUAGUGAGGGCUCCAUGGAUGAAGAGGAAAUACUAGGCAAGCGAAGACGACGUCUCCUCGAUGAUGAACGACGCGAAGAACCCGACACUCGUCGCCGUCCUGUACCCACAUCACAUAGACCGCAAGCGUGCAGGCAAUCCGAGGAAGAUGAUGAAACACUCAUCCGGGAAACUCAAGCCGCUCUAAAAACACUUUCAGGUAGCUGGCCUCGGGACCAGGGCUCGACAAAUAGUUGCGACGAUAAUGAUGAUGCCAAUGGUUUUGAAAACCUUUUCAGUGAUAAACGUUCCGAUAAAAUGCUUCCGUCUUCCCCUUCGCCGUCUUCCGAAAGUGCUGAUGGUUCACAAAGAAGUUAUAGUUUACAUCAUCAAACCGACGACCACAAUACGAACGGUACUAGUGAUAAUGAAGAAAAAACAAAUAAAUCUCAAAGGUCUGAUAGAGAGAGAAGUAACGAAGACUACGAUAAACAUAGCAAAUAUUCUAAUAACUACGAUGCACCAAAUUUCGACGAGCUCGUCGAUUCGUCUUCCAAUGAGUUAGAAAUAGAUAUGUCAGAUCGGAACGAGGACAAAUACGACGACGAAAGAGAUUCCAAGUUAAAACGUAAGAACGAAAUGAUCACUGUGAACAAGCAAUCGCUCUAUAGUGCAUACAAAGCUGCCACUGCAGCGUUACCGUAUUCUACAACAUCUGCCUUCAAACCGCCAGCCGAAGUUAAACAUAGAAUUCACGGAGCUACACUUCCAAGUGAACCGUUUGGUGGAUAUUCCAACGAUCACGAGAAGAGUUCAAUUCACAAAGGGUCCAAACAGUACACAGUCCUACAACCGGCAGGAGCGGGUUCUCGUGCUGCUACCGCCCUUCAAGAAGCUCGGACUGUGCCUUCAGCGCAACCAUCGCGAGAUUCCCGACCUCUCGCCGCACUCUCCCCGCCGGUCGCUAGAGAAGGCAACAAGUGUCCUACUCCCGGUUGCAAUGGGCAGGGCCACGUCACCGGCCUGUACACGCAUCACAGGAGUCUGUCAGGAUGCCCAAGAAAGGAUAAAGUCACACCGGAGAUAUUGGCGUUGCACGAGACGAUCUUGAAGUGCCCCACGCCGGGGUGCAACGGUCGCGGUCACGUCAGCUCCAACCGCAGCACACACCGCUCGCUCUCCGGCUGCCCGACCGCUGCUGCCAGGAAAGCAGCCGCCAGGUCACAAAGAGCUAGGCCUACAGUGCCGCCACAAACUCCAAUCACAAUAACAAGCGAGAGCACAGUGAACGUGCGCGAACGCGAGCAGGCGGCAUCGCCGCGCAGUCCCGCGGUGAAGCGAGAAGCUCCCGAACUGCUGGUCCCUAAGCGCGAGGCCGCCGAGCCCGAGCGCGACUCUCCCGGGAUGGAGACGCGCCACGCCGGCUACGGCGCGCCGCCAGACCAGAGAUCGCCGUAUGAGCGGCCACUAGAUGACCACGUCCGCUCUUACAGUCAAAUGAACGAAGCGCGGUACGGUUAUGAAUCCCGGUGCUACGAAGGCGCUCCAGCCUUCGAGCGGUAUGAUCCGGCACAAUGUCCGCAGCGCUCGUAUGGCUGGGAGGAAGAGCGGUACCACGACCCUCACUUACCCACGCCUAUGAAAACAGACCAGUCCGAACAGGAGGCCAGCUCCGGACCAAUUUACCCUAGACCAAUGUACCACUACGAAACGAGUAGCGGAGUAGGUGCAGUGGGCGGCGUCAGCGCAAUGGGGCCCGGGGUGCCCCCAGGCUUCUCCGCCAUCAACCUCUCGGUGAAGAUAGCGGCGGCACAAGCGCAACGACCGCGCAGUCCUACGCCAAGAGAUCCCAGAGAUCCCCGUCCGGCCAUAGAUCUUUCCACGUCUAGUGGUAGUCCACAGGGUCCAUAUGCGUCACCGGUUUACACGAGCGCCGGUGGCGGCAGCGGGGGCGGAGCCCGAGGCAGUCCACAGCCGGGCGCUUCGCCCCAGCUCACCGCCAGUCCACAGGUGCCCAGUCCGCAGGGCCAGACCCUCGACCUUAGUGUGUCACGUUUACCACAUAGUCGCAGUUUCCCCGGUGGUGUGUCGUACAGUCGAGAAUCAACGCCAGACAGCGGGGGAAGUCAUCCAUACCUAGAAGCCUAUCAUCGAGACGCAGCUGGUUACGGCGGCGUCAGUCCCCAUCCUGUUGCGGGCUACGGCCUCGGGCAGCCGGAUUACGCGGCAGCGGCGGCAGCGGCAGGCUACGGCGGCUACCAAUACCAGUGCGGCGCGUACCCGCCGCCCGCGUACCCGCCGCACGCGCCGCCAUAUUCACCGCCCUGCUAUAUGCCACCGCCGCACGCGCCGCACGACAAGCCCAAAGACAGCAGUUUGUAUAUGUGCAGCCUAUCGGGAUGUCCGCGCGCCGACCGCUCACAACUUCAGCCACACUCUCAGGAGUUGAAGUGUCCUACACCAGGGUGCGAUGGCUCUGGGCACGUGACCGGCAACUACUCGUCACACCGCUCGCUAUCUGGUUGUCCGAGAGCUAACAAACCAAAGAGCAAACCAAGAGACGGACAGGACUCUGAACCUCUGAGAUGCCCAAUACCGGGCUGUGACGGGUCUGGACACGCUACAGGGAAAUUCUUGUCGCAUCGAAGUGCCUCUGGUUGCCCGAUUGCGAAUCGCAACAAGAUGCGAGUGCUGGAAAGCGGUGGGACCGUGGAACAGCACAAGGCGGCCGUUGCAGCGGCGGCAUCGGCCAUCAAGUUCGACGGGGUGAACUGUCCAACGCCCGGUUGUGACGGCUCGGGUCAUAUAAACGGCUCGUUCCUCACACAUAGGUCCCUGUCAGGGUGUCCAGUUGCUGGCGCCGCGACACCCACACCUCAACCAAAGAAACCAAAAUAUCCUGAUGAUAUAACGCCUCUCUACCCCAAACCUUAUUCAGGUAUGGAGAUGAACAUGCAGACUGGGAACGGCGAAGAUUUGAUGGCUCUUGAACAGGAGAUAACAGAAUUGCAACGUGAAAACGCUCGAGUGGAGUCGCAAAUGAUUCGCCUCAAAUCAGAUAUCAAUGCGAUGGAGACGCACCUAAAUCACGGAGAAAGGGAGCAGCAACUAAUAUCUCAAAGGAACAACAACCUCAACGAGUACUACGAAAGUCUUCGCAACAACGUGAUCACACUACUAGAACAUGUGCGCAUCCCCGGCGGUGCGGGGGUGCGGGCGGUGCGGGGGGAGCGGUGCCAGUAACCAGUGCAGGCCCACCAGGCGCAGCGCCUCCUCCCGGACCAGGCGAGAAACCCGCCCAUGACAACUUCGACUCCUAUCUCACCAAACUGCAGACUCUGUGCUCCCCCGACGGCUACUGCCCCGACGAGAAUCGCCCCAUCUACGA